GCUAUGGUCGCUGGCGUGAAGCGCUCAUGGAUUUCCGACAAGGAGAUGGACGAAUUCGAUCAUAUCACCGGAGAUCAAAUCCGCGGCAUGACGGAUCUCCGGAAGCUCAAGAAACUCGAGAGAUAUAUGCGGGAAGAGGGAUUUCCCCAAACUGCCGAGGCUGCUUACGAAACUAUUAUCAAACUAGGGGGCCGGGUUUUUCGUCCCGGAGAGCGCGAAACUCGAGUUGACGAAUACGACGAAGAUUUCGAUGGUUUUCUUAAGACCUUCGACUCGUGGAAGGACGCGAUCAAAGGUGCCGAUGACAAGCUUCGCCAGCUUCAGAGAGUGAAAGGCCCCAAAGCUGCAGAGUCCGGCGACAAAGCCAGGCCAACUAUACAAGAAACAACUAAGCCUUCUGAAGUUUUAAAUACCCGCACGAAGAAAGAGGGUAAAGACUUAAAAAGUGGCAGAGAUUAUUACCGACUAUGGGAUGAAUUCGCCGCAAAAUGCGAAAACGCAAGUCAUUUCUAUCAUUGGCAGUGCUGGGUUGAUGUUGUACAUUUUCUCCAGGAAGACGACUGCAAUACCGAAGAAAAGAUACCUCGUCCCAAGAAAACCAAAGAAAGGAAUGCUAUUGUUUCUAAAUCGCAAACAGAGAGGGAAUGGCAUGCAAACCGAGAGCGAGAGAAGGGCAAUGAGCUGUUUAAGGCACGAGAAUAUAUUGCUUCACUAGAUGCGUACAGCUUGUCCCUCGAACUAUUUUCGAAUUCGGCGACGACGUUUGCUAAUCGUGCUGCAGUUCAAGUUAAGCUGAAUCGAUGGGAUGAUGCUGUUGCAGACUGUUCCAAAGCACUUCAACUCGACCCAAAUCACGUCAAGGCACUUCUUCGUCGUGGAGUGGCUUAUCUGGAAAUAGGAAGGCCGGAGGCGGCCUUGAGAGAUUUAACCGCUGCAUUUGAUUUGGAUUCAUCUUGUAAGGAGGCCUCGACCUUGAAAGAAAAGGCAGAAAGAGCUGUUCGGAAGAAGCAAAAAGACGAUGAUAAGCUUGCAGACAGUUGUAAAAGAAUUUCAAUAGAAGAGGUUGGAGGUGAAGAGGAAUCCCGUUCUUCUUCAGCGUUGCUAGAGAUGGAGAGUCGAACUCCAGCCCUUCGAACUCGGGUGACUAAGACGCAGAAAUUUCCUCAACGUGAAAUAUCUACGAAAGAGAGUGUUCCCGAGGGCGAGCUAAAGAUCCUAUCUGAACGUAAACUCUCUCCUGCGCUCGAGGAGAACUCUUCGUACAUUCCUAUGCGAGCUGGGCCGAUGGUGAUUGAGGAGAUCGUUGAGACGAAAUGCGAGCAUGAGGAAUCAUCGACGGCGUGUCGGCCUGAAAAUACCAAUGACGCUCGAGAAGAAGCAAACAAGCAGCGAACAAUCGGGAAUGAACAUUUCAAGUCUCAAGAUUACUGCGCAGCGAUCAAGUGUUACAGCAGGAGUUUGAGUUUAGAUCAUGGCAUUGCGGCAACUUUUGCUAACCGAGCACUCUGCUAUCUAAAGAUGAGAGAUUGGAAUACCGCAAUAUCGGAUUGUUCUGAAGCAAUUACCAUAGAUUGUGGAUAUGCGAAGGCAUACUACAGGAGAGCAUUGGCAUUUGAAGGCCUUGGUGAUCUUCGAGGGGCCCUCAAAGACCUACAGGCCGCUCUGAAAUUGCAACCGGAUGAUUCAGAAAUCGGUGAGAAGCUCAGGACUAUCAAGCGGAAGCUUCGAGUAUCAUUUGUCAAAGAGUCAUCCCAGGAAGAGGCUGGCAGCGACAAGAAUCUUGAAGAAACCUCGGGAAGGAGCCCUUCGAUGCACGAAAUAAAGACUCAGAUUGGCGAAGGAGCUUGCAUUCCAGUGUCUCAACCACAAGAGCGUCCAAUAGCUCCUGAACGGAACGUCAGACAAGCCAGGGCAACGACAGUUCCUGAAAAGCCAAGGACCGCGAUAGAGUUCCAGCGAUCGUGUGAACGACUACAAGGCCAAUCACAGCUGCUUAGAGAGUUCAUCAGCAGGAUCCACAUUGACGAGUAUCCGGGGAUUUUCAAGGAGAACCUGAGCGUGGAAGUCCUGAGGAUCAUUCUAAAGUCGUUGCAAGCUGCGUUCAUGCCACACGAUCCCGCGGGAACAAUGGCAGUGCUUGGCGGGCUGGUGAAAGUGAAGCGUUUUGGGCUUAUUUUAAAGCUUCUGGCGCCCUGUGAGAAGAAUACAUUCCUGUCAAUCUUCGACUGGCUUCGUGACUCAUGCGGCGCUCCUCUCGACCGUGCUCAGGAACUUAAAGCACAGUUCUACUGAGCUUUACUGUAGACG